AAACGGGCCCGGGGUUGGUGUUUGUAAACUUGCCUCGGUCCUGUCGGGGGCAGCGCGGCCGCGUGCUUGGCACGGUGCGCUGCUGCCUGGAGGAGGCGCCUCGCGGUGGGGAGACGGCGGGGGGCCGUGCACGGCAGGUUUCUGGAACAGACCUAGAGCUUCAUCAAAAGAAUUCAACUGGAAAACCAAGACUGGCACACUCUCGUCUUCAGACAAUAGGCAGAAGUCAGUCAGAGACCACGGAUUCUUGAAACACCUGGUUUCCCUUUGGAGGACACUAAAUUCUUUCGGAAGACAAAGGCAGUUCAAUAUGGCAAAUGGACUGAAAGGACAGGAAGGAGCCAUUACUGUGAUUUGGUGACAGUUCUUCAAAUAACAGUGUGUUAAGGAAAACUGGAUAAAGAACUCCUGAACUUUUGGGUUCAUUAAGUGAAUUAUCAGCAUGGCUCAGGCAAGUCUUCUGGCUUGUGAAGGCCUAGCAGGUGUGAGUUUGGUUCCCACUGCAGCCAGCAAGAAGAUGAUGCUGAGCCAGAUUGCCAGCAAGCAGGCCGAGAAUGGCGAGCGGGCAGGUAGCCCUGAUGUGCUGAGGUGCUCGAGUCAGGGCCACUGAAAAGACAGUGAUAAAUCCAGGAACCGCAAAGAUGAUGACAGCUUGGCUGAGGCCUCUCAUUCAAAAAAGACUGUUAAAAAGGUGGUGGUAGUGGAACAAAAUGGUUCUUUUCAAGUAAAGAUUCCCAAAAAUUUUAUUUGUGAACACUGCUUUGGAGCCUUUAGGAGCAGUUACCACCUCAAGAGGCACAUCCUUAUUCAUACGGGUGAGAAACCAUUUGAGUGUGAUAUAUGUGAUAUGCGCUUCAUCCAGAAGUACCACCUGGAACGCCACAAGCGUGUGCACAGUGGUGAAAAGCCUUACCAGUGUGAACGAUGUCAUCAGUGUUUUUCUCCGACAGAUCGAUUACUCAGACACAAACGGAUGUGCCAAGGAUGCCAGUCCAAGACUUCUGAUGGGCAGUUUUCUCUAUAGGCACAAGGGGUCCUGGGUGGUGGGAGUGAUCAGAAAAAUUUACCGAAGAGCAUACCCCUCUGCUCUGAUGGUCCCACCACCGCCCCCUCUGAACCUGUCCCCCUUCCUAAAGGAGUGGACCCAGGAGACCAGAAGAAAGUGGCUCCAGAGCCUCAGCUCUGUGUAUAGUCUGUGACUAUGAGUAUCUCGGGGAAGUUGUUACAGCAUUCCUGGGCAGGGGAGCUAGUCCCUGGACUCUUGGCUGAGGUCAUAGGUGGGGACUCAAGGUACAGGACCAAGACUGACGUGUGGUUCCCACAACCUUCGACUUGAACUGGCAGCUGAAAUGGAAAAGAUUGGGGGGAGGGGAUUUGUUUGUUCGCUCUUGUUUUUGUUUAUCCAAAAGCAAUUUCAGCAGGUAAACUGUGGAUACAGGUAAUCUGGUGGCAUAAAGUCCUUGUCUAAAACAGGGACUUAGAGCUGGACCAGCCUUUCCGCAAAUUUGAGUUUUUAGUUACAGUAGAUCCUCAAUGUUCCACAGCCCUGCAUCUUACCUCCUGUUUGAAAAACAGGACCAGGGAUGGCAGCUGAGCUUACUUAGCUUUCCUAUACACUGUAGGGACAUAAGGAAAAACAGUGGGAGAAACACGUGGGCUGGACCCAAGUAUACCUUUUAUCUCUUCAAGAAGAGCAGUGUUGUGCCCAGGGGUGUUAUCUCGGCCCAUACCAUACUGGUGCCUGAUGAGGUCAGCCCAAGUGCCUUUUGGAGGAAACUUGGGUGGGGUGGCCUGGGUAGCCCUUUUUCUCUGGGCAGUUGGUCUUGGUUAUGGUUUGUGGCUACCUCACUGUUCUUGACUCCAAAAGCCAGACAGCAGUGUUGAGUAGGGAGUUCUGGUGUCAGAAUGGGCUGUCCCCUUGUGCCCUCUUAGAACUACAACUGUUUGAGGAACAAAGGAACUUAAUGGCCCUUGCUUGAGUGUUGAAUGAUAGGCCUUUCUUCCUGCCCACGCCCAUGUCUUGUGACUGUAUUCAGGUAGAGGAGAUGGAGGUCUGGGCUUUUGUCCCAAAGAACAUGAUCUUGGUUUCCUCCUUGAUGACCCUACCUACCCAAUGGGGAGGAGGGAUACGACAGAGGAAGGACUGCAAGAAGACCCCUAAUGUGUCUGCUUUAUUCUUAUCCUUGCUCUGCUCCAAUACCCCCCAUCCUGUGCACCCCUGAAAAAGUGAUCAGGUCUGUUUCUGUGAUUUGUGUUUGUGUAUGUUUGCUUGGAGGGGAUGGCAAAUUAGUGAAUCAGAUUUAUUUGGUCAUCAAUAAGAGGACAGUGAGUAUAACAUAGCCUUCCCAACAGACCUGAAGGGGGCCUGUGCCCCAGAGGUGACUGAGAAAGGAGCAGAGGGGCUUUGUUCCAGGAGUGGCUUUUUGUUUUUAAGAUUGAUUUCAGUCUACUGGUUAGGAUGUUUCUAAGCCAACACUUGUGAACAUGUAGUUUCUAAAGUGAAACUCUUCUUCCUGCUAAAGAAAGGAUCCUUAAGGGAGGUUCUGGGGUUUGAUUGAGCACCAUCUCACCCCUGGUUGCCUGCCCAGACCCUAGGGAUAGGGAUAGGGAUGGGGGGUUGCCUCAGGUGUUAUCAUGGAGACUGAGCCUGAGCACCCAGCUGUAACUGUUGGCUGUAGCCUCUUCCAUUGUAUAAGGAGGGUACUCCAUACCUGUAGGGAAGGAG